UCGGUUUUUUCAUGAAAUGUGAUGCCAUUUGAACGGUAAUCAAACAUGCGUUAUGCCAUAUGCCAUAUCAAAUGGUAACGUAUAGAAAUAAAUUUAUGAUAAAAACAAAUGUUUAGAGUAGGAUAAUAAAAUUAAAUGUUCAUUAUCAUUCUCACUGUUUAAUAUCAUGCUUUUGCAAUCUACCCUUCGUGAAUAGAUAGAGAUCGAAGAUGGAUGUAUCAGGAGCUCUUUCACUUGUACAAACUGUCAUAGAAAAGCUAGGUGCACCAAUUUGGAUGAAAAUUGAGUCUGCAUUGGGUGUGGAAUCCCAGCUUGAGAAGCUCAAGGACACCAUUUCUACUGUCCAAGCCGUAUUCCUUGAUGCAGACCAAGAAGAACUGCUGCAGCAACAUCGUCGCAGCCAUGUUGAACGUAACAGGCUUCAAAGACUUAAGGAAGUUCUUUACCGAGCAGAUGAUUUAAUCGAUGAGAUUGCCACUAUUACGCUUCGUAAGAAGCUCACGCCUGGGAACAAUGUCAGUAAAGAAGUAUGUCUUUUCUUCUCUCGCCAUAAUCAGCUUCGAUCUGCUUUUUGUUGGUCACAAGAGAUGGAAUUGAUCAGGGAGAUGCUUGAUGAUAUUGUGAAGGAUCAUCGCCACGAGUUUGGCCCAAGGCACAUUGAGGCUUGGCGGGUGGAUAGGCAUAACCCAAGGGACAAAACUCAUUCUGUUUGUGAGGAAACUAAUAUAAUUGGCAGAGAUAAUGAUAAACAGAAGGUGAUAAACAUGCUAAUAGACAAUUCUUUAGAACGAGAUGUUUCGUUUAUCAGCAUAGUUGGAAUCGGAGGGCUGGGUAAAACCAGUCUUGCUCAAUAUGUAUACAAUGAUGAAUGUGUGAAGAGGGAAUUUCCAUUAAAAAUGUGGGUUUGUGUAUCUGAUGAUUUCAAAUUUGAAUCGGUUCUUCGAGAAAUCUUUGCAGCUAUGAAGCCUAAAACCGAACCAUCGACUAUUGAGGGUGAGGCGAGAGAGCACCAACCCAUGAAGGUUGUUGGGCAAGAACAACCUACAACUAAGCAUGUUUAUCAAGGUGGCCCACUGAAUAUGGAGCAACUCCAGAAGAAUAUUCAGAAAGAACUUAAUGGGAAGAAGUAUCUCUUGGUUUUAGACGAUGUUUGGAUUGAGGAUUACAACACAUGGCAUGAUACAUUGGGAGUUUUGUUAAGAAAAGGUGGAAAGGGUAGCAAAGUCAUGGUGACUACUCGCUCUACAAAGGUGGCGAAUGUUAUAGGAAGUCAGAUACAUACACUAAGAGGCCUCUCAGAUGAUGACUCUUGGAACUUGUUGAAAAAAAUUGCUUUUCAAGGUAAUGAUCAUCAUAUGGAAGAACGUGUAAGGGAAAUCGGAAAAGAGAUUGCUAAAAAGUGUGCCAAUGUUCCGCUUGCUCUAAGGGUUGUUGGAAGUCUUCUCCGAGGGCAGAGUGAAGGUAAAUGGCAAUAUUUUAAAAACAAUGACUUGGCAAGUAUAAAACAGGAAGACAAUGGCAUAUUACCGGUGCUGAAGAUCAGUUAUUAUUAUCUUCCCUUCUAUUUAAAGAGCUGCUUCAAUUAUUGUGCUAUUUUCCCCAAGGAUUACAAAAUUAUGAAGCAUGAUUUGAUCAGUCUCUGGAUGGCUCAAGGCUUCAUUAUGCCGUUAGACGGACAGAGUCUUGAAGAUAUAGGUGAGGAAUAUUUCAGAAUAUUACUCGAACGGUGCUUCUUCCAAGAUGUUGAUAAAGAUGACAUUACUGGUGCAAUUAUAUCAUGCAAAAUGCAUGAUCUGAUUCACGAUGUUGCUAAAGAAGUAGCUGGAACAGAAAUCUUGUCAUUGGAAAGCAGCACAAGUCGUUACAAUGAGAAAACUCGUCAUGUUUUUGUCGAUGAUACAGUCCAGAUAAGCGACGACAUUAGUUUUUUCACCAAGAUGAAAAGGUUGCGUACACUCCUUAACACCAGCCAGUCAUGUGCAAAAUCUGAAGUAUUCUUAUCAAAAGUGAGAUAUUUAAGGGUACUGGAUUUGCAUGGUUUGAAUUUGAAAAUGGUUCCGAGUAUGAUAAGUAAAUUGUUGCAUCUGCGGUAUCUUGAUCUUUCCCAUAACUCCAUACAUCUGUUGCCCGCAUCAAUAACCAAGCUUUAUAACCUGCAAACUUUGAAGUUAAGCGACUGUAAGGAUCUGAAAAGGUUGCCGAGAAACUUGAGUAGAUUAGUUAAUCUGAGGCAUCUAGAUAUAUGUGGUUGCUAUGGUUUAAGACAUAUGCCUCCAGGGAUGAAACAUAUGACAUCACUACGUCAGUUGACGAGAUUUGUAUUAGCCCGUGAGGAAAGGAAAUCUUGCAUUCGGCGGUCAGAUGAUGUCGGUAAGCUCACAGAUUUGGAAAUUUUCAAGAACCAUGCUGACACUAUAGAAGUUAUGGUUAACAAAGGGGUUAGAUUUGAUACAAAUAGAGGCACGGAAUUGGGAUAUUUAUUGAAUGAUCAACACAAAGAUCUUCUUAGGAAAUUCAAUAUUGGUUGGCGUGCUUUAGAAUUGAACGAGAGGAGCGAUGGUGUUGAAGUACUGCUGCAAGGCUUGCAAGUGCACAUUAAUCUUAGAGAGUUGAAGUUGGCUAAGUAUCCUGGUGUGAAAUUGUCAAGCUGGGGGGAACCAUCAAUGGAUCUUAAAAGUUGUUUCCCAAAUCUUGUCGAAAUAACACUCACUUUUUGUAAAAGGUUAGAGCAUCUUCCAUUGAUGAGUCAAUUGCCUUAUUUAAAAAUCCUUCGUUUAGAAGGAUUGACGGAACUGAAGUAUGUGGAGAGUAGUAAGAUUAGUGAAGAAGGAUCUCCGACAUCACCAGAGUUGGUGUUCUUUCCGAACCUUGAAAGGCUUGUACUCUAUAAAAUGCCAAAGUUGAAGGGAUGGUGGAAAGAAGAAUCAGGCGGCAGAAUAGUAGAAAGAGGGACUAGUAAUGACAAUAUUGAAGAGCAAAGCUCGACAGCAGCAGGAGAGAAGCAACCAUUCUCAUACUCAUUCCCUCGCCUUUCAUGUUUAGAUAUUUGGACAUGUCCAGGAAUGAAGACUUUUCCUUUGUGUCCAAAAAUAGAAGAUUUGACAUUGAAAGAGUUCAAUGGAGCACUAGUACCCAUAAUGAGAAGGGGUAAAGAUGGUGGUUCAUAUUCAUCCUCCAAUAAAAAUAGAGAGGGAAGAAGAAUAGGACGAUUAAGAGAAGUUAGGAUAGAUGAUGUGGGAUAUCUUAAUUCUCUGCCUAAGAAAUCUUUCCAUUAUCUAACUCAUCUGCGGAUAUUCUGUAACAAACAAAUAGAGUGUUUGACAACAGCGGAAGCAGGAAAUGUGUUCCAAAGCGGCUGCUUAUCCUCUCUUUGCUCCCUUGAAAUCACAAGUUGCUACAAAUUAAAGAGUGUGUCGGGGCAAAGAGUUUGGGAGCAUCUCACUGCCUUGAAGACCCUGAAAUUGAUGCACCUUAAUGAGUUAGAGUUGGACGAUGAAGAAGAAAAAGAAGCGAAGAGCAGCAGCCAUGGAGAUGAGGAAGAGAAUAUGAAGAAAGUGGUGCCUUGGAGAUUUCUUUCUCAUUCUCUUCGUCACUUGACAUUAAGCAACCUCCCGAAACUGGAGAAACUGCCCAAGGGGAUGCGUCAUUUAACUUCUCUCAAAUCCCUUUCGAUUCAAAUGUGUUCAAGAUUGAAAACAGUGUCGGAAGAGAUUUGCCAUCUCACCUCCUUGCAAUAUCUUGAGUUAAGCAGAAACUCAGACGAAUUGGAGAAAAGAUGCAAAAGGCUGAGUGGCGUUGAAUGGCCCAAAAUCAAUCACAUUCCCAAAAUUCAUAUAUGGUCAUAGAGAUGAUAUAUGCAUACAUACCAACAACAAAGGCAAUAAAAAGUAAGAUGGGAUGGAAUGGAAUUCUGGGUUUUGAAUACGGAAUCAUUCAGGCGCCACUAGGUCCCGACAUUUCUGGUCCAGAGCUUGUUUCUGCUGUUGCUAAUUCUGGUGCUAUUG